AUGACACACGAUUCUGGUUCUUUAGCUGGCGGUGAAUUUAUCAGUGUCGCAAAUUUUAUAACGAAAUUGUGUGUAAGAAAAAAACGUAAAAAAAGAUCGUUAGAGCCUGCGAUGAUAGAAAAUGAAUGCAUUAACAAACCUGAAGAAUUUGAAAAUGUAGAUGCUUAUGAUUAUGAUUCUUACGAUGGGACAGGUCUUUUGUUACCAGAAGGCGAACGCAAUCCUGAUUAUACUAAUGGGACAAUUACACAAAUGUCAUUGACAUUGGCACCUCUUUUGUUGCCAUAUGAUGACUUUGAAAGACCAAUUUAUUACUCUCCAAAUUCAACUCGAUCCACAAAUGAUGUAAUAGAUCAAUCUAAGCAUUUACAUCACCAAUAUGGUACUACAAGACCUACGAAGUAUCGAGAUGUGGUUAAUUCUCUAAAGUUGGAUAGUAGUAAUAUGAGACCCUUGCGACAAUUUAGACGAAGUAGAACAAUGCCAAUAAGUGAUGAUUUACCUAUUUUCAUACUUUAUGCGUUUAUUACUGGUACCUCAUUAUCUAUAUUUUUCAUUCUUACUACGAGCGAUGAUCAACCCCAAACUAACGAAGUUGUUGAUGUGUUACAG